GACUAGCCUGCUAGCCCUCGGCCCCGCCCCUCGCGCGCUCUCAUUGGCCCGCUCUUGGGGUGCCGAGGGAAGGGGCCCGCCUUUGGAAGCAGGGCAGCACCGCUGAGAGGGUUGCUUGUAGUAGCAGUAGCCGCCUGGACUCGUGGGGACAGCAAAACAUGGCCACGGAACUGUCCUUGAACAUCAACAUCAAGGAACCACGAUGGGACCAGAGCACCUUUGUAGGGAGAGCGAAGCAUUUCUUCACGGUGACAGAUCCCCGCAACCUCCUGCUCUCAAGCAGGACCUUGGAAGACGCUCGGAGGGUGAUUGAAGAUUACAGGAUGGGAAAAGCAUCACCAGGACUGACUGAAGACCAGCUGUGGCGAGCUAAAUACAUAUAUGACUCAGCCUUUCAUCCAGAUACUGGCGAGAAAAUGAUCCUGAUUGGGCGAAUGUCUGCCCAGGUGCCCAUGAAUAUGACCAUCACUGGAUGCAUGCUGACCUUCUACAGGACAACCCCAGCUGUGUUAUUCUGGCAAUGGGUGAACCAGUCUUUCAAUGCCAUUGUAAACUACACUAACAGGAGUGGAGAUGCCCCCAUCACCAUCAACCAGCUGGGUACAGCCUACAUCAGUGCAACCACGGGAGCCGUAGUAACAGCGUUGGGACUGAAGUCUCUCACCAAGCAUUUGCCACCAAUCAUAGGACGCUAUGUGCCUUUUGCAGCUGUGGCCGCCGCAAACUGCAUCAAUAUUCCAUUAAUGAGGCAAAGGGAGCUAAAGUUUGGUAUCCCCAUUACAGACGAGAAUGGGAAUCGGCUGGGUGAAUCGAAAAAGGCAGCUCAACAAGCAAUUGUGCAGGUGGUGAUAUCUCGUAUUGGGAUGGCUGCACCCGCCAUGGCCAUUCCUCCUGUGAUCAUGAAUGCCCUAGAGAAGAGAGCAUUUUUGAAGCGAUACCCCAUGAUGAAUGCUCCUCUGCAGGUUGGAUUGGUGGGCUUGUGUUUGGUAUUUGCUACACCCCUUUGUUGCGCUCUUUUUCCACAGAACAGCUCAAUGCGGGUGAGUCGCUUGGAACCUGAAAUCCAAGCUCAGAUCCGGGAGAAGAAUCCUGGCGUUGAGGUUGUUUAUUUCAAUAAGGGGCUUUGAGAGAGGCUCUUUCAUUCUUACUCUGGUAUGCAGCAGAAGGGAUGGCGAGAAGAAGAACCAGAGAUCCGGUGCUCCCAAGAAGGAGAAAGUUACACGUUGAACUAGUAUAAUCCCUUGCAAAUGCUGCUUUCUUAUUGGCUGCCAAGUCUUGGCAGGUCUUACGUGUAUGAUAAAAGCCUUCCUGGAUUCAGGGGAACCAUAGAGUAGAUUGUCAUGUGUGAACAAAGUACAAACAUUCCCUUCCUGACCCAGUUAGGUGUUAGGACCAAAGCAGUUAAGUGGUCUUAAGCAACCCUGAACCCCUAUAUUAUGUGCAAAUCCAUUGUGGUGUGUUUGUGUGUGUAUGUGUAGGAUUUUUUUUAAGUCCAUUGUGAAAUAAUGUCACAAAAGUAGUGAUUCUGGGAUCAUUUUGGGAGACGAGAAUCCAUAGAACACCUUGAAUCCUUUGGUUCCAUUGUGGAAGGAAACAUAAUCUGCAUUUCAGCUUAUAUCUUGUGUAUUCAAUGCUAAAGAAGAUUCAUAUAGUAUUCAUAUAGUAUUUUUUGUUACAAUCUCUCUUUAUGUUAUAAUAUGUGCUUAAGCAUUUCUAUAUAUUUUAUUCCUUUUAACAGCAAGUGAAACAUAACAAGAAUGACAUUUGACACAGCCUUAAAAUUACCACGUAUAUAUGAAUGUGUGACCCUUAAUUAAAUAUGUAUAUGAGACAGUACCCAGGGCCUUUAAUGGAAGCAAGUGAUCAAUUAUAUUGAGAGAAUAUCUAUGCAACAAGAGGAAUAACUAAACUUCUAAUAGAGAUGUGGAAUUUUCAUCAAAUCCACGUUCACAGCUGCUCAAGUGCUUGGAAGACAAAGCCAAAAUCUGAUAUUGCUGUCAUGUGUGUGGGUUGUCCUAAGCUUGACUACUUGAUGACAUCCUCAUGAACCCAGGACACAUCUACACUGAGCAUUUAAUUCUGUUUCAAACCAGUAUUGAAGAAAAUAGUUUCACUGUGCAGAUGAUUUCAUAGGAAAUCCUGGAACCAGUUUGAGGUUUUGAUGAUAAUUACACAAACCACAGAGUACUGAUGCACAUUAAAACCUUCCUUUCACACAGUUUUGUGGGAGUUUGCUGUCCAGCUGCUACAGUUUGAGGCUAGCUUUGAACAAUAUUAAAUGGCCAGUGUAGAUGGGGAUCAAGUCAAGGUGCAUGUUAUCCAAAGACCUCCAGUCAAUGGGGAAUUCUACCUCCAGUGAGGUAGAAUUCCCCAUUCAUAACACUGAAAACAACACAUCACUACAAUUUUCUAUCAUUACACAGCAUCCACAAUUUGCUGCUUAAAACAACUGUCAUAUUACUUCAUGACAGAGCCACCCCUAUAUAUGGAUAUCACAAAGGCACAUGGAAAUCUGUGCGUUCAGAUGUAUUCCAAAUAUGCUCGUUGAAACCAUAAAAUUUCACAUUGUGACACAAAUGGUUCAGACUUAUUGUGCAGCAAGCUUGUGUCCUUCUGCUCUUAUUUUCACUAUUAUCACAUCACAUUAUAUAUUAAAGCAGCACUGAUACAUUUUUAAAGGUCAAGGGGCAAUUCAAAGUGAUCGUAUUCAAACUGAGGAUCACUUCUUUUGGCUCUUAAUAUUGAAAAUCUCUAAUCUUGUCUUCUUCAUUUGACUAGCAGUAGAACUUCCAGGUGCAGCAUCUUUUGUGCUCUCCUCUCCCAAAAUGAGAAAUAAAUUUGUUUUACUUAAUUUAUCUUUCUCUGUCAUCACAGAUGCCCAAGUUUCUAAGUACAUACAUUAUUGUAACCUAAAGUGAAGACUUGAUUGCUGUGGUGAUCUAGCUGUCCUGCAUAUCAUGUCACAUAUAUAUCAAUCAGGUUUACAGUAUAAUUGACAAUCUUUGGUGUAUUUUGCUGCAAUUGAAUAAUCAAGGUAUAUGCAAGUAUCUUUUCUAUAUUGUGACAAUAUAGGACUUGGAUCUCUCUAGUUGUUAACACAGGGGAAAAUAACCUGUGUGGGAACUAAUUUGAUGCUUUGCUGCUAAACCAUGACUCAUGAUCCAGUAAAGCAGUGGUUCUCAACCUGGGGUCCCCAGAUGUUUUUGGCCUUCAACUCCCAGAAAGCCCAACAGCUGGUCAAUUGGCUGGGAGUUGUACACCAAAAAACAUCUGGGGACCCCAGGUUGAGAACCACUGCAGUAAAGAAAGUAACAUGAAACUGAAUAGGUUUGGGCAAAAUUUCUCUUGUUGAUUGUGAUGCCUACAUGGUAAUCCUCUAGUUUUUGUCUGCUGUGUAGACACAAUGAGUUGAUACAAGGUAUAUUAGAUCAACAUGACUGAAUCAAAUGCACUGAAUCAGCUCAUCCAUACACCCUUUUGGUAUCUUAGGUCAGUGAUGUCCCAAGCACUUGUUCGGGUGUUUUGAAAAAUCAAAGGCAAAACAGUAGAGGAAAAGUACUUUCUUUGCUUGUGGUUUCACAGGAUAUGACUGAUAUGAGUUAACUUUCCUGCAAUCCAUGCUAUUCUGUGUUCUGUGCAGUCUGGCAUCAAACAUCAUUGCUAAAGUCCAGAACCUUUAGUUAAAGGUCACUUUGACCAUUGAAUUUAGCAGCAGCAGGGUCCAGAGGAAUUAUUUAACCUCAGCAUUGCACACAAAAAAAUAAAUUGGAACUGACAUUCAUGGUGACACAUCAAGGUAAAGAACAUAACUGGUUCAUGCUGGCUUCGCCAACGGUGGCUGAAGGUCAGUGGCUUAAUCCUGUUUUUGAUUCUUUUCAUUUGUGGAGCAAGUCACUUACUUUAAUCAGACAAAAACCCCAGUACGGUUUCUCUGUCUGGUUUCUUAUAAAUGUCAUAGUUGUUGGAGGCUCAUAGCUCUUUCAGAGGUCGUUAUGUGCUCUUUAUUAUGUUUACUCUUAAUGAGACCUCAUCCAAGUCUUACAAGUCUCUUGAUGGGUCAUUUGAGUCUUUUUAUUUUAUUAUGAUGGGUAUGUUUGAGGCUUAUUUUACCAAACUUCAAGCACUAUUUCUGUGCAGGAAUCUGCACUGAUUCCAUGUCUUACCUCUUGUAUAGCUUUAAAUAAGGCAACUAUUCCCAAAUAAAGAGUAUAAUUCUUG